GCACUAGUUCAGCUAAAAAGAACAAAUCUUUUUUUGUCGAACAUGGCGUAGAAGAGAAGGGUAGUGUUUAUCGUCUUGGGAUUUAAAGUCAGUUGCUCCAAAAGAGAUUAAUUACGUAAUCUUGAUUUAACAAAUAACAGCCACAUUUUCACAGUAUGGGAGGUCAUGGACACCAUGAACCACCGUACAAAAUACCCAGCCCUGACAUUUAUAAGGUGGAAGAUGUCCCAGAACUGAAACGUGUCCAAGAAGAGUUGGCCAAGAGAGGACUGAGGGAUCCCUGGCUCAGAAAUCAUGUAUGGCGCUACAAAAGGACCAACACACCUGCGAUGCGCGCCCUAAUAACUUUAACCAGAGGCUGGCGAAUUGGUGUACCGGCGUUCCUGAUAACCAUAGCUGUUGAACAAUAUUUUGGAAUCGACUACUCAGGUCAUGGACAUCACGGGGAUGGCCAUCAUGGGGACGGUCAUUAAUGCUCGUUUUAGUUAUUAACGUGGCAAGAAAAAGUAAGAAAUAGUAGAGUGUAAAAGGUAUCCAAAUAAGCUAUGAAAAUAAAUUAUAAAAGUAAUAAUUAUAAUGUAUCAAUUUCAAUAUCUGUUUUAAUUACUGUUAUUCAUUUAUUUUUUAUGGUUACAUUAGGAAUCUCUUAUCCAAUAACGAUUUGUUGCAAACAUUUCUUUUAACAUUGCAUUUAAUGAUUAUUAAGAAGAAUUGCGAUAUGAUAACCGUCGCUAUACAGGCGAAAGUAUAAGAGUUAUAUAACGUCAAAAAGAAGGCGAAUACGGUAAUCUCGAAGGUCAUCAGUAACCAUUCGUUUCCGUGAAGAACUACUUUGUUGAAAGAAUAACUGUUAUCUGCAAAAAUAAAAAUUAGAUUCAUUAAACCGA